CUCAACUGGAAUCAGUCAAACGCAACUGCACAAAAUGUCACUGAGAGGAAAUGAGAGGAUUGGAGUGUAUGGUGUCGAUCUUUUCACUUUUACUCUACUUGUUCCAAUGGCCGUUGCAACACUGAGAGUGCAUCAGAACCGUGUGAAUGGAUCCGUUGGCCACUCUGUGCUCCUACCCGCCUCUUACACAAUCUCAGAGCCACAAGGGUAUCUGCGAAUCAAAUGGACCAGAGCCGGGAAAAGAAUUGUGGAAUACAGAUGCAUAUCAGAGCAAAAUAGCAACCCAAAGGAAUGCAGCCACAUCAUGUCUUUUUCUGAUCACUAUGAGCACCGGAUUGUUCUUUACCCGGGCAAUGCUUCGCUGCUGCUGAAAGAUUUGAAGAUUAACGACAGUGGCAUUUAUGAAUUAUCCAUUAGCCAGUCAAGAGGAACAGAAAAGGGAAGCUUUAAAUUGGCUGUCCAGACUGACACUGCUAAUGAAACCGACCACGGGGAUAUAAAGGACAAGAAACAGAUACCAGGAGUCAAAGACAAAGUUCGAUAUGUUACCCUUGGUAUUAUUUUGUUUUUCUUGUGUUUCACCAUAAAAACACAAAGAGAUUCUAACCCAGCUCAAGAACAAUCAAAAGAGGGAAAUGUUUAUCAGAAUGAUCAGAGUCCAACAGCAAGCAAUCCCAUGGUAUUAUACUCUGACAUCAACUCAUCAGAAUCUGCAGGAAUUACUGGAAAGACGGACGAAUGA